UUAAACCGGUUUCUGUAUUUCUCCCUGACGAGAGGAGUAGCGCUGAAAUCGGUAUUGGCAUGUCGAAUUAGGGUUAGUGUGGCCACAAAUCGAUGGUAUUGGCCUCCGAGCGGUAUCCCACAGUGCACCAUUGUGACUGCUCUGGAAAGCCAUCUGAACUCAGAUGCAGUGGCCAGGUAGACAGGAAAAACCCCGCAAACGUUUGAAUUUCAUUUCCUGUUUGGCCAGCAUGGAGAGCUCACCAGCACAGGUGACCAUGCAGAGCUCAUCAGCACAGGUAACAAUGCAGUCUCCUGAGAAUCGAAAAAGAGCUCCAGCACGGGAGGUACUGGAUCUGAUCGCUAUAUGGGGAGAGGAUUCCGUGCUAAUAGAACUCCGUUCCAAAAGACGAAAUGAAAAAACAUUUGAAAAAAUUUCCAAGGCCAUGAUGCAGGGAGGCCACACCAGGGACUCAGUACAGUGCCGUGUGAAAGUUAAGGAGCUCAGACAAGCCUGCCAGAAAACCAAAGAAGCAAACGGAAGGUCCGGGGCAGGGCCAAAAACAUGCUGCUUCUAUGCUGAGAUGCAUGCAAUUAUAGGGGGGUCCGCCACCAGUUCCCUACCCCUGUCUGUGGAUUCCGAGGUGGGGGUGGUAAUCUCAGUUGUGGCUGAGGAUUCUGCGGACGGGGAAGAUGAGGAGGAGGAAGAGGAGGACGAACUUGCAGAGAGCACACAGCAGUCCUUUCUCCCCAACAGCCAGGAGCUUUUUCUCACCCUGAUGGAAUUACUCUCCCAGCCCUCCCAAGCCACUAGCCCAGACAAUGAAGCCAUGGAAGGGACCUCUGCUGCAAAUUUUUCAAGCCUCCCGAAGGCUAUCUCAGAUAAGGCGAUGGAAAAAAAAGACGCGAGACGAAAUGUUCUCGGAAAUCAUGGAAGUGACCCACAAUGAAAGAGCUCAUCUGAAUGAGUGGAAGGAUGUGGUAUUAAAUUACAGGAAAGAUGCCAGUGAACGUGAGGACAGGAGGGACGCUCGAGAUGAGAGGUGGUGGCAGGAAGAUCUGAGGAGGCAUGACGCAACGCUGGGGCUGCUGCGUGAUCAAACUGACAUCCUCCGACGUCUGGUGGAGCUUCAGGAACAGCAGCAGGAUCACAGAGUGCCGCUGCAGCCCCUGUGUAACCACCCUCACCGUGUUCCAUAUCCUCCUCACCCACACAUGUAAGAACACGUGGGGGAAGGCUUCGUGCACCCGUCCAUUCCACCCCCGUGGACAGCCCAACCAAAAGGCUGUCAUUACUUUGAAAUUUUUUUAGUGGCCUUUUCCUUCCCUCCUAUCCUUCUCCCAAACCACACCCGGGCUACCUUGUCAG